GCCGAGGAAGGGUCCAAGAAAGCCGGGGUCCUCUUCAUUGUUAAUGAGCUUUUCGCGAUUUACUUUCGUCUAAAUACUCUGCGGCUGUGUAAAAAUUUGCAAAAACCGGUCGAAACCCGCAAAUUGCAUACACAAGGGGUCAUGGGGCAAAUGGUUACGUACAACUACUAUGUCGGUCGACUGAGUUUGUUUGAAGAUCAGUAUGCCGAAGCGGAGUCCAAGCUGGAAUUCGCGCUAAGCAAUUGUCACAAGAAUGCGUUUCAAAACAAGCAGCGAAUUCUUCGAUACCUAGUGCCCGUCAAACUAUUUCGUGGGCGAAUGCCGAGUGGUCAACUGCUCACCAAAUACAAACUUGAUGAAUUUCUACCACUGGUGGAUGGUAUCCGUAAAGGCGACUUGCGCACAUUCAACGACGCUUUAAUUCAGUUUCAGGAUCGCUUUAUCAGGCAAGGAACCUAUCUGCUAUUGGAGAAGUGCAAGGUGGUCUGUUACCGGAAUUUGUUUCGGCGGGUGCAUUUACUUCUGGAAAAACACCAGAUAUCGCUGGUAGAUGUUGCCAGCGCACUGAAGUAUCUAGGCAUGCCAGCCGAUUUGGACGAAGUCGAGUGCAUCUUGGCCAAUCUCAUUUAUCGUGGCUACAUUCGCGGCUAUCUUUCACACGCCAAACGAGUUUUAGUUUUGAGCAAGAGGGACCCGUUUCCCAUUUCGGCUGUUGUUAAGCAAUAA